AUGAGCGAUGCGGAUGCUGGCGAGCUGUUGUCGGACAAGUCGCUGACGCUGGUCGAGUUCUACGCCCCAUGGUGCCACUACUGCAAAGAGCUCGAGCCUGUGCUGGUGGCACUAGCCAAGCAGGACGCGCCCGAGCUGCGAGUGGCCAAGAUCGACUGUACCCGAUCGGCCACCACCUGCCGCGCCUUUGGCGUCCGUGGCUAUCCGACUCUCUUCCUCGUCCGUGGCCCUCGCAUUAUCCCCUACGGCGGCGCGCGCUCGCUUUCUGCCCUCCACGCCUGGUCGCAGGGCGCAGACUUUGCUGCCGCCAUGCCUAAUCCGUUGCCGCCGCCGAUGCCUCGCUUGCAUGCACUAUACUAA